GGUGCAGUCUCUUCAUCGCCUGGGCCACUCUGUACCGCUGCAACCUGGAUGUGAUGGUUUGGAAUGUGAUCUUUCUUCUGGUCAACUUCAUGCACUUGUUUUACCUUCUGUACAAGCUCAGACCCAUUAAGAUUGACAGAGAGCUGAGGUCCGUCUACAAGCGGAUGUUUGAGCCCCUCCAUGUUCGAGAAGCCUUGUUUCAGAGACUCACAGGACAGUUCUGUACCAUCCAGACCCUGAAGAAGGGCCAGGCCUACGCUGCUGAAGACAAGACCUCUGUGGACGAACGCCUCAGCAUUCUGCUUAAAGGAAAGAUGAAGGUGUCAUACCGAGGCCAUUUCCUUCACAACAUCUAUACCAACUCAUUCAUCGACUCUCCAGAGUUCAGGUCCACUGAAAUGCACAGAGGAGAGAAAUUCCAGGUGACUAUUGUGGCAGAAGAAAACUGUAAGUUUCUGUGCUGGUCACGAGAGAGGCUCACGUAUUUCCUGGAAUCUGACACUUUCCUGAGUGAGGUGUUUCGGUAUCUCAUUGGCAAAGAUAUCACCAACAAACUGUACUCUCUGAAUGAUCCCACGCUCAGUGACAAGGCACUGAAAAAAAUGGAUCGUCAGCCUAGCCUUUGCUCUCAACUAUCUAUGAUGCAAAUGAGGAACAGCAUGGCAAGCACCAGCGACACCGAUGAUGUCCUUAACCAGAUCCUAAGAGGAGGAUCUGCAGAGUCAUCAUUCCAAAAAUCCCUUGAGACCAAGUUGUCCAGUAAAAUGAAGCCCAUCGAGGAAAGUAUGGAAGAUGAUGUUUUUGAAGAACCAGCGCCUUCUCACCAGUUGCCCGACUCAUCUACAGAGAAAGUGUAGCCAGGAGGCAAAGAAAACACAACAUUACAGGAGCCAUUUAGGAACCUCCCAACUUUCCUCACACUCUGCUGACGUCAUCCCUCUGACAUCAUGUCUUGUACAUUGUCCUCAGUCAAAAUGACGUAAUCACUGAUACACUGUCUCACGUCUCUUUACACAAAGAAAUUGAACUAUCAAAAAAAAUUUAAAGACAUUUUGAAAACUCGAUUAUGAAUGCAGUUCACCAACUAGACUCCAACAGUAACAGCCCUAUCAUCACUGAGUUAAGUGUUCAUUUAUAAACCAUGUUUGUUCACUAAAGUGCAUAAAAGUAUAUUUCACAUUUGUUUGUAGUUUUUGGGUGUCUGAAAGAAAGUGUGUUGCAACAAAAACUGCACAUUGUUUUGGUAUUAUAUAUCGUGUUAAGACAGCAUCACAUAUUCCAGCAUAAUAUCUUUGUAUGUAAUUUAUAUUUAUUACAUUAAAGCUUGGAGACGUUUCUGUUAGCUGGA